UUCUGCAGAUGGUACCCCUUCCCACAUAUAAGUCCUCACUGCUUAUUUGACCAUAUUUCCAAUUCUUCUUCAGACUGAAUUGAAUGCUCUUCCUCCCUCUCUUCAGUUAUUAUUGCAUUACAAGAAGAUCAUGAAAAUAUUAAUGGUUUUUUUAUAGCUGAGAGGAGCCUUGAAUGGUAUAAAAUAAGCACCAAAUGGAAGAACAAAUAUUGGGUUUAACUUUUUUACCUCAUCUGGGAUAUUCACAUCUCUCAUACAAAGAAACAACCACCCUUUGGCAAAGCUCUGUCUCAUGAUUCUGAUCUCCCCAUAUUGAAAUUUGUAACCCCUUGACCACAUUCUUCACUGCAUUAUUCAUCAGCCUCUCUCUCUCUCUCUCUCUCUCUCUCUCUCUCUCUCUCUCUCUAUAAAGCUUUAGAGCCAUAGAAAUCAGCUGGUCAAAACCCCACCAAAGGCAAGCUAAGACAUUGUUUGUAAAAAUGUCUAGCAUAAAAUUAGACAAGUCAAAGUGGAAGGUGGAGGGGCACAGAAGGAGCCCAAGAAUAUCUGCUUUGGAAGCCUGUAAGGCUCAGCGGCCGAGACUCCUGAGCAUCACUGGUACAAGUACUACUAGCACUGCUGCUACUGCUACAGCUCGUAAUUUUAGCGCACAGAGAAUGAAGCGCAACUUGGGUAACGGUGAGGGGCCAGCUUCCAGAACAAGGGCCAGAAAGAAGAGGAACCUCAGACCUUUUCAAGAAGUUGCUGCCACAACACCUUCAUCCCCAUCAAACCAGGUUCGAGAAGAAACCAGCCCUUUUAAUAGUGAUCAACAGGUUGUGCGGGGUAAAGAUCUUAAGCCGGAAGUUCAUGCUGCCUCUACUGAUCAACCAUCCACUGAAUCUUCACUGCAGUUGCCGGAAAAACGCAUACUUGAGCUUAUCCUUGACAUAUUACAGAGGAGAGAUACCUAUGAAAUAUUUGCGGAACCAGUUGACCCAAAUGAGGUUGAGGGUUACUAUGAAAUCAUCGAAGAGCCUAUGGAUUUUGGGACCAUGAGGGCUAAACUUCAUGAAGGGAUGUAUAGAAAUCUUGAACAAUUUGAGCAUGAUGCAUUUCUAAUAACAGAAAAUGCAAUGCAUUUUAAUUCUACAGCUACCAUAUUUUUUAGACAGGCUCGUGCCAUACAUGAGCUAACUAAGAAGGUAUUUCAUGUUUUGGAAACUUAUCCUGAGAAAUUUGAAUUAGAAUUCUCAGAGACAAGACAAAAAAGUGGUAGGAGGGCGCGAGGAGAAGCUGGGAGGUCAGCUUCUAGCUCAUAUCCUAAAAUUGCUACAAACAUGAAAUCCCUUAGCAUGAAGAUAGCUGAAUUUUCUAAAGCUAUUCCAUGCUCACUUGGUGGUUCAUCAAAUGUCAGAAGAUGUCAAGUAAAGACAGGGUGCUCUGGCACUAUUGAUGCAAGAGUGCACAGAGUUCUUUCUGGUACUCAAGAUGAUAGAAGGUCUAGAUCUUUUGAAGCAGAUCCACGCUGUACAUAUAGACCUUGGACAUCGUACCUUGAUGAGAAUGAGUCAACUGGUUUGACACUAUCUAGUAAUUUAAAACAACUUGGGCAUGCGAAUCAGCAGGAUAUUGGUUACACAGAAAGCUUGAUGUUGUUUGUUAAAGACUUAGGACCAACAGCUCAGAAGAUUGCCAGAAAGAAGUUACUUGGAUCUUUCCAGUUGCAAAAAAGUCAAAUUCCUUUGGCAUCUACCUCUACCCUAUGGGCACCCAGUACUCUGAGUGAUAUAUUUGCUUCAUCACAAUCUCAAAACUUCCAGGGCAACCUUCAUGGGCAUCCUUCUAUCAUGAAGAGCACUGGUGACAGUUUCCAUUCAUGGGAUGCCGAUAAAAGAGACAAGGGAUCUUUAGGUGAUGAAAUUGGCAUCCAAAGUGGCAAAGUUGCAGUGGCAUCCAGUAGUGACAGAAAGAACUCACUUGGUACUUUUGGAGGGAAAAUUCAGUCCAGUGAAUUUCAUCAGAACAGAAGAAAUGAGAUUCAGUUGGAUUCUUCUUCCUUGAAAACUCAUGCUGCAGACAACAGUUGCUCAGUUUCUGGGUUCAAAAACAUUGGCAGCAACUCAACAUCACUGAUACUGAACCAGUGGAAGUCGGUUCAUCAAACACAAUCAUUGGAGCCACCUUCAGAUUCUUCUCAGUCAAAUUUGUUGGAACCACGGUUGAGAAACUUGGGAUUUUCAAGUUUUAGUCGAACUAAGAACAAAUUGAGUUCGUUUCAUUCGAGAGGAGAUUGCGAUCAAACCAAAGCUGAGACAAGCCAAGUGUCAAAAACAGACCAAGCCAGGCCACCGGUUCGCCAGUUCACAUUUGAUCUGCCGUAUUUGAGAGCCCAACUUGGUAAGAUAAAUUCUUCGGGACAAGAUAGAUUCUUGCAGAAAGGUUCAGAUGCUGAGCUGAUCUUGCCUGAUAAAAAUAGUCAGGCUUCAACCUGUACCCGCCAUUUGGAGACGAGAAAUCAGCCUUAUAGUGAUUAUCAAAACCAGCCUUCAAUGGAUACUCAAUACACUGAUUUAGCUCUUCAGCUGUAAGAAAACGACCGAAGUUCUAAAACAAAAGAAAUAUUUGACCUUUCUGUACUUAAAUCCGUUGUUAAAAUGUCA